CUCUUCUCUCUCGCCCUAAAAUACAUGUAACCUCAAGAGGCCAUGACUUCCUGCAGAACUGUAAACAGACACAGCGUUCGUGGCCCGUUUGAAUGUGUCAAAUUAGUAUUUGUGAAUUGACCUCGAUCUCUGUAAAGCUCCCUGCAGGCUGCACAUUUUAAAAUGUCGUGUUUACACUACUUCAUUUCACUUUCAUGACAAUGGUGCGUCUGUGCGUUACGUGGACAUGUGAUUUAACACUCUGGAAGCGCUUAGACUUUCACUUGACACUUGCCAUCGUCUAACACGAGAGAAAAUAAAAUGCGUUGAAGACAACAGCUGCAUUCGAGGUCACAUAAUCUCUGUUAUCGAAUAAUUAAUGGCGUCACGACUGUUAAAAAGCAUGUUCUAUACAGUACAAAAGUCUUAGACGUGCUGCAGUCGCCAUUUUGACACCAUUAGCUGUGUCCCGUAGCUUCAUGGGAUAUCAAACUGUCCAUCUUAAGUUUCCUUAAGAAUCAUCAUCUGGGUGCCUACUGUUUUACAAAUACUUCGGACAUGCUACUCUGUUCACACACUGUUUUUGGCUACUAAGGAAGUACGCAAUGCCGCAUGCAGCAUCUAUUGUAAGCACUUAGAUCAGAAUAGCAUGGCACCCUAGUUUUUCUGCAGCAUGUACUAUGUAUACAAUAUGUGCGAUGUGCAAGUAUGAAAACCUGUUACAUUUGCCGUAUGUGUCGUAAUAGAGCACUUUGUGACGCUACAGUUCACGGUGACUUUUAUCUACUCGAGCUAACGAUCAUUUUCUCCUUGACUCGUUUUCAUUGGCCGGACAGUCGACAGCUGCAGAGCAAUACCGCUCCAACUCGCUGCACUAAAGGUGCGGCGUGAAGCGCUCACGUGACUCGCGCUCUCCCGCUGUAAGUCGAUCUUCUCGCCAACAGGGGGCGCGGUUAACCAGCGCGUGCUCGGUGCGCUGAGGCCGGCCAUUGGCUGUUCGUCAAAGGGAAAGAAAACUUGUUACACUUUACCUGGAUACGGCGCGGACGCGAAAGUCCGAAGAAAACAUUAAUCGACAACAUCGUUUCAAGCAAACCAUGAGUUCACGGACAGGCCGCGAUAGAUCUCAGAGCGCUAACUGAAGUCAACAAGCAUGAUGAAGAAGGGAGCAAUGCAGAAGAGCAAGCAAUGGAAUGUAAAGGGAGCCUUGCGGCUAGCCGGCGUCUUCCACUUCCUCCAUUCCUGCGCCGGAUGCCUCCUUCCCUUCCUGACCCUCUACUUCCGGCACCUAGGUCUCAGCGCCGCCAUGAUCGGCAUCAUCAUGGCGUCCAAGCACCUGCUCGCUCUGCUGUGGCGCCCGCUUUCCAGCGUCCUCUCGCGGCAGUACGACAAGCGGCGGGCGGUUAUAGUGUGCUCUCUGCUCAGCUCGGCCCUGCUGGUUUUGACUCUUCUGCUCUUCCCGUCCGCAGGAAUCCAAGCUGAAAGCGGACGGUGUAACGCUAGUGAACCCGAUGCCAACCCCACCCCUGUUCUCGAGAGGACGACCGUCCCAUCGCAAUCAAACGCUACCGUUUACUCAAUAAACCAAACGUCUGUAAGCACCAAACAACCUGUCGAAGUAAGCUCCAACUGGACAGCAAGAGGCCUGCGAUCCUUAAAGACGCCUGACCAGGAAGAAGAUCCUCACACCGAGUUCCUGGGGAGCCUAAAAGUCAUGGACGUCCAGCAUCAGAUGUUCUUUCUGGUUCUCAUCGUAAUGGGUUUGUGGGAGUUCACGGCCGCCCCGUUAGAGUGGACGGUGGAUGAUGGACUCUACGAAUACUUGGAUUUCGUAGACGCCACCGACCGUCAUAACAGGGUUAAGGUCUGGAAGCAGCUUGGAGCCGCUUUUGGCACCUGUGCUGUCGGGGUUCUUGUAACCAGUCUGUUUUGUCUUACAGGAACUACUCUGGAGUUUUACUCCUACUCUGUAUUUACGAUCCUAACCGUCCCUGCAGCCACCCUGCUGCCUCUCUACCUCCGCAAGCGUGAGCGGCCCACUAGUGGAGGCCUUAAGGCACUACAGUUGGUGCAUGGGAACUCUCAGGCGAUUCUUUGUGCCGUCACUGUGGUUUUGAUGGGCAUGGUGAGCUCAGCUGUGUCAGAUUUCCUCUUAUGGCACAUGCAGGACUGCGGGGCCACCGAAAUCCACAUGGGCGUCUCUUUAGGCUUGGCUCACUUAAGCCAAGCUGGCUUUGCUCCGUUUGCUGGGCGUCUCUCCCGGUUUCUGAAGUACCACGGUUGGUUGCUGGUGCUCUCCGUCGUCAGUUUAGCCCUGCAGUGUCUUUAUUAUUCCUUCCUGUGGGGCCCGUGGGCUGUAAUACCUGCUCAACUGCUGGCGGGUUUCGCACCGCGCCUCUGGUGGUCCGUAACAUCGCAAAGCGAGGACAUCGCCACUCCCGGCACCGAAAAGACCAUUUUGAGGCUGUUUGAGGUGCUUUCUCUGGAGUUGGGAGCGGCGCUUGGCAGUCUGGCGGCUGGGUUUGUGGUGCAAAGGUUUGGGGUCCAGGUGCUUUUCCAAGGCACGGCGGUCGCUCUGGCUUUGUGGAGCAGCACCCUUGCCGUACUCAAGUGGAAGAUUCCUCGGCAGCGCCGGAUAAACUACUCACGCCUGCUGGCCGCGGACACCGAGAUGAGCGAGUCUGAGUCAGACCAGGAGAAGGACUGGCUUGAGACCGCUAUGGAAGACUCCAGAGGGAAUAACAAGUGGACGCUGGAUAAAUCUUAAUCAAUGGACGCAAAGAGUGACUUCUUAACAGAGGGCGAAUUAAAAAUAACACUGAAACCGUUCAGUACGCUGAGAUUAAGGAUUUUCUUACUCUGUAUUUUUGCCUUGUUUUCCAUUAUAAAAAAAAGAUCAAUUUACUUGAGAAGUAAUGACAUAACCAAUGACAUAAGUUUGGUUUUUAAGUGUAUUAUUAGUCAAAAUAACUUUGAAGUCGAAAUCUACUGAUACCUCAAUAUCUUUGUCGUUACUUCAUGAGUUGUUAAGUUGUAUAUGCUUAAAAUAAGACAAUCUGUGAGUGGGGUGAGAAAAAUAAACACCUCAAAGGGAAGUGUUUUUCUUACCCCAGCGACAUCAUGACUUAAUAUCUGAAAUCGUUUUCGUUCUCAAGUAAAUGUAUCUUGAUUUCGUUUUUUUUUUGAGAUAUUUGUAAUUAAUUCUAAACAAAAAAUGUAAGAAAAUAUUUUUUUUCCAUCAAAAUAUCCAUCAUGGAUGACGUUGUAUGAGUUUAUUACUCUCUCUCGAGUAUACUUGAAUAUCCCAAAAUACAUCAUCUGUUUUUU